CCAAUGUUUAUCAACGUAUUCCACUAUUUUCACAAUUUUGUGUCACCCCUUCACACGUAUGCUGAUCAGUGAUCUCCGUUUUUAGUAAUCGUCUUGACAUUGACUAAAACCACUCCACAUCCACAUAAAUUCUUUUUGGAAUUCUCUCCCAACUACUGUAUGUAAAUCUUAACUGAUACCAACGACCCUUUUUCUUUACUGCAUAUAUAAUACACUCAUUCUUCUCCUGUUGUCUUCUCGUUGUUUCAAAUCGGAAGUUAAAAAGCUAUGGAGGAAUAUCUACUGCCAGGAGAGAGUAGUAAUUCGUGUCGGACUCGGAGGAGGAGUGGUUCGAUAUUUGAUCGCAGAGACGCUAUUGCUCAUGGAUCAGCUUAUCAAAAGGCUGCUGCUUUGGUUGAUCUUGCUGAAGACGGCAUUGGUCUACCUGAGGAAAUUCUUGAGGGGGCGAGCUUUGAAAAAGCAGCAGAGUUGUACUUCAUGUUUACUCGUUUUGACUUCCUCUGGUCACUUAAUUAUCUUGCACUAGUCGUUCUAAACUUUUUUGAGAAACCAUUGUGGUGUUCCAAGCAUUUAGCUGAGUCUUGCAAUAACAGAGACUACUACUAUCUAGGAGAGCUGCCAUUUUUGACUGGUGCCGAGUCCCUUAUAUUUGAGGGUGUCACUCUUCUGCUUCUUAUAAUACACAUUUUAUUUCCAAUAUCAUAUGAAGGCUUCAAUCUCUACUGGAGAAGUCUUCUCAACAGACUGAAGGUCAUUUUGCUGUUAAUCUUGGUUGCAGAUAUUGUGGUCUACAUUCUCUUUCUAGCAGACUUCUAUUAUCUACCAUUCCGUAUUGCACCCUAUCUUCGCGUGGUGUUCUUUAUUUUGAACAUUAGGGAAUUACGAGAUAGCUUCUUCAUCCUUGCAGGAAUGCUUGGUACCUACCUUAAUGUUGUGGCUCUAUCUGCUUUAUUUCUUCUGUUCUCGAGCUGGUUAGCGUACGUCUUCUUUGAAGACACACGGCAGGGGAAGACCACGUUUACUUCGUAUGGCACCACGUUGUACCAAAUGUUUGUUUUAUUCACAACAUCAAACAAUCCAGAUGUCUGGAUUCCUGCGUACAAGGACUCACGUUGGUAUUGCUUGUUUUUUGUUCUGUACGUGCUAUUGGGCGUUUACUUUGUUACCAACUUAAUUCUUGCUGUUGUAUAUGAUAGCUUCAAAAGUGAGCUUGUAAAACAAGUGGCUGAUAAAGAUCGUUUGAGGCUAAGGACUUUGAAGAAAGCAUUUAGCUUGAUUGAUGAAGCCAACAAUGGGCUCCUCAACGAGAAGCAAUGUACCCUGCUGUUUGAGGAACUUAAUAAAUAUAGGACAUUGCCGAAAAUAUCAGGAGAUGAUUUUAAGUCAAUAUUCAAUGAGCUGGAUGAUACUGGUGACUUUAAGAUAAAUUUGGAGGAAUUUGCUGAUCUGUGCUCUGCCAUUGGACUAAGAUUUCAGAAGGAAGAUUCGCUGCCAAUCUUUGAAGCAUGUCCAAAUUUCUAUCAUUCACCAGCAUCAGAGAAGUUGAGAGGCUUCAUCCGCGGAGCUACAUUUGAGUACAUAAUAGUGUUCGUUCUCCUUGUCAAUCUUGUUGCUGUUAUUAUUGAAACUACGCUUGAUAUACAAAACAACUCAGGUCAAACCUUUUGGCAGAAGGUGGAGUUCACCUUUGGCUGGCUGUAUGUUAUUGAGAUGGCACUAAAAGUGUACACUUACGGUUUUGAGAACUAUUGGAGGGAUGGUCAAAAUCGAUUUGAUUUUAUCGUCACUUGGGUCAUUGUUAUUGGAGAAACAACUACAUUUGUAGCCCCUGAUGAUCUAACUUUCUUGUCCAACGGAGAAUGGAUUCGCUAUCUUCUUAUCGCAAGAAUGUUACGAUUAAUUAGACUCUUGAUGCAUGUUGAGCGCUAUCGUGCUUUUGUUGCCACAUUUUUGACCCUCAUACCAAGUCUGAUGCCAUACUUGGGGACCAUAUUCUGCAUCUUAUGCUUUUACUGCUCUCUUGGUUUACAGAUCUUUGGGGGGAUUGUCAACACUGGAAACCCCAAUUUAGCCCAAACUGAUCUUGCUGGUAAUGACUAUUUGCUUUUUAACUUCAAUGACUAUCCAAAUGGCAUGGUCACACUUUUCAAUAUAUUGGUGAUGGGAAACUGGCAAGUGUGGAUGCAGAGCUACAAGGAACUAACGGGGACUUCCUGGACUUAUGCCUACUUUGUCAGCUUCUAUCUUAUUUCAGUUUUGUGGCUGUUAAAUUUGAUUGUAGCAUUUGUCUUGGAAGCUUUUCAAGCAGAAAUGGAUCUGGAGGCAUCAGCGAGAUGUGUGGAUGGUGAUGACAAG